AUGAAAGAGUUUGCUUAUCACACAAAUCUCCCAUCAUAUAAAGAAGUCAUUAUCCAGUCUCCGGGUUACCCGAAUAAAAACUACUCUAGAGACACGACAUAUAAGUGGCUUGUUACUGCACCAUACACAACAGAAGAAAUUUUGAUCAAGAUAAAGAUGGAUAUCCAAAAAUCUCCUGGUAUUUGUGAAGACUAUUUGCAGAUUGAAGAAGCCGAUUCUCUCACUGGAAACUUCCUAGUUUUUAAACAAUGUGGGAUGUUGGAAAUUAACAGAACAACCCGAGGACAUCGACUUUUAAUCAAACUUGUUUCAAAUAAUGAUCAUUGGACUUCCAAAGGAUUCGAAUUAAAAUUGAAAGUGAUAAAAAUACGACCAACAACAUAUAAAAGUUUACCAACAACAGCAAUAACAUCACAAAGGAUUUCGACAGAAGCCUCAAUAUCGGUACCAUUAACAACAACGUCAACUGUAAUGUUAUCAACAUCAUUUGACACUCAUACAGGUAUACAGUUUUUUUGA